AUGAAUGAGGUGGUAGGUGACUCGCUCGCCUCGAUCAGUAUUGCUCCAGCCAGCAACGUCCAGACAAACAUAGUCUCGAGGUUCAGACAGCGUGCAGUAGCGCCACGUCACAUUGAGGAGUGCAACGGAUCUGCCAUUGAAGGCUCAAUGAUCCGAGCCAGCACUUUGGAGGCGACAACGCCAUCGUUAAUAAACUUGGACUUGGUCAGCAUCGCCUCGGUUGAGGACGCCGCCGUGGCGUACAAUAAGUCGUCAAGACUGCCCUUGACGGUCCCCACCAGUAACAAGGAUGGAGGCACCUUUGCAGUCUUCACGUUGCUAUUCCCAGUAGCUGCCUGA